AUGAACGUCACGCGUCCAAAGGCUACAACUAUCGGAUGGCUGCAUGACGACGUCCUCGUCCUGAUAUUCGGCGCGCUGGCCUUCCUGGACCCGCCAAAGUGUAUCCGGGAGGAAUGGGUGGAUCCCCCGCACAGCGCCUAUGAACUCGGUUGGAUCAAAGCGACACACGUCUGUCACCUAUGGCGUCGCAUCUUACUAUCGAUGUCCCCUCUGUGGGCGUCCAUAGUGAGCGAGCUGCCACACGUCUACGAAGUCCUAUUGGACCGUGCAAAAGAUGCUCCCCUGAUCAUCAACUUCCUGCCUUCCACUGGGUUGCGCGAAAAACACCUGAGCAAGAUGAUGACAUCCACUAUGAAUCGCUACGAAUAUUUGUCUUCUCUGAACUACCUUGCGUUUCUCGGCAGUCAGCAGGCACAGGAGUUUCGCGACAUCUUGUCGGGAGGCGUAUACCGUCAACUGAAGCGUCUCGAUAUCUCCUUCUAUGGCACGCAUCCUCGCACAUUGGACCAUCUUCAAGAUGGUAUGAGGCUUAAUGCACCUAAUCUGGAAGUUGCCGUGCUGUCGGGCGUGCGGUGCACCUUCAUGGCGCCGCAUCUUCGUAUGCUCGAACUUGACCGUUUCGGUCUAUAUGGGCGCAGAGACAUGGAUGGCUUCCUACGGCUUCUCGAGAGCUCGCCACUUCUCGAAGAUCUGCUCUUCGAUGUAAUGCACGAACCAUCGGACUCCGAGGUUUCUGCCAGUGGUGUUGCGCCGAGGCUCGUUCGCCUUCCCCGUCUGCAACGCCUCUGCAUACGUAGCCAUCGCAACGCCGAAGCCCUUACCCAUCUCUUCCUGGGUCAUUUGGAGUUCCCAACUUCGUGCUCCCUGCAUCUCAAUCAUGCGAACUACAUGCAUCACGUAGACGGGGGACAGUAUCUAUUCGGUCUCUUCGGCCAUUAUUUCGGACAGCUCCCCUAUGGUGCAGUGUACUUUCACGCAUACUCCAAUAACCGAGGUCCUGAGUUGAUACAAAGCUUUUGUAUCAACGUCUUUCCUGCACAUGAUUACUCGAUGGCAAUCGGUCACUUGCCCACCCCACACACGAGGGCGACAUGUUGUCCUUCAUUAUCUCUCUCGCGCAAUCGAGACUUUCAACAACGUCCUACACUUGAUGCAGACCAGGUCCCCACGUCAGGUGUACGGAUGGCACUUUCAUCCUCUCGCGACCAGCUGUUCGCGGAGGCCAUACCGUAUCUCCGUCAUGACACAAUCACGCACCUUGCUUUGGAUGUCGACAAUGUCAGGCAUACGAGCUUAGAGGCAAUCCGUGCGACUCUUCAUGUGUUCCAAGCCGUCGAGGUCAUCUUCGUCACUGGAUUCAACGCGGGUCUUGCGAUGCAGCAUAUGUUCGCGUCCGACAGCGUGCUGGACAUUCUCUUCCCCAGUUUACGGGAAGUGAACAUCGCGCAGAGCGGAAGGAUCUAUUGGUCGCACGCGGCCUUGAACACAUGGUGGGAUCCCGUGCUCGUAGUGCUUGAGCGCAGGAAGAGCGUCACGAACCCCAUACAAACGUUGCGUGUCGCUGGGGUCGCGUGCAAGAAGGAUGAAGCAGGUUGGGCCCUCGACCAGGCAAAGAUCCAGCUUGCGCAAUCUUUCGUUGCUGAAGUCAACGAUGAGCGUUCUUGA